UUUAGGAAGAGGAGGGGAUGGCUGUCAUCAAUGAAGUCAUAUUCAUAAUCUAGUCCUCUCUCCCUCUGUUUCUGUACUCUGGGUGACUCAGAGAGGGAAGAGAUUCAGCCAGCACACUCCUCGCGAGCAAGUGUCACUCUACUGCCUGACAGAGACAGGAGAAGUAAAUGUCCACACCCACAGACCCUGCUGCGAUGCCCCACCCGGGGCCCUCGCCAGGGCCUGGGCCCUCUCCUGGACCAAUCCUCGGACCUAGUCCAGGCCCAGGACCAUCCCCGGGUUCUGUCCACAGUAUGAUGGGGCCAAGUCCUGGACCCCCCAGCGUCUCACAUCCUAUGCCAACCAUGGGCUCUUCUGACUUCCAACAGGAAGGCGUGCAUCAGCUGCAUAAGCCCAUCGAUGGGAUGCAUGACAAGGGCAUUGUGGAAGAUAUCCAUUGUGGAUCCAUGAAGGGCACCGGUAUGCGACCACCUCACCCAGGAAUGGGUCCCCCCCAGAGUCCAAUGGAUCAACACAGCCAAGGUUACAUGUCACCACACCCGUCUCCAUUGGGAGCCCCAGAGCAUGUCUCCAGCCCUAUAUCUGGAGGAGGCCCAACGCCACCCCAGAUGCCACCGAGCCAGCCAGGGCCCCUCAUCCCGGGCGAUCCACAGGCCAUGAACCAGCCCAACAGAGGACCCUCGCCUUUCAGUCCUGUCCAGCUGCAUCAGCUUAGAGCACAGAUUUUGGCUUACAAAAUGCUGGCCCGGGGCCAGCCCCUCCCCGAAACACUGCAGCUUGCAGUGCAGGGGAAAAGGACCUUGCCUGGCAUGCAGCAACAACAGCAGCAGCAGCAGCAGCAGCAACAGCAGCAGCAGCAGCAGCAGCAGGCACCGCAGCAACAGCAGCAGCAGGCACCGCAGCAGCAGCAGCAGCAGCAGCAGCAGCAGCCGACCCUUGUUAACUACAACAGACCAUCUGGCCCGGGGCCCGAGCUGCUGAGCGGCCCCAGUACCCCGCAGAAGCUGCCGGUGCCUGCGCCCAGCGGCAGGCCCUCUCCUGCGCCCCCCACAGCCGCACAGCAGCCUGCAGCAGCAGUGCCGGGGCCCUCCGUGCCACAACCAGCCCCCGGGCAGCCCUCGCCCAUCCUGCAGCUGCAACAGAAGCAGAGCCGCAUCAGCCCUAUCCAGAAGCCACAAGGCUUGGACCCCGUGGAGAUCCUGCAGGAGCGGGAAUACAGACUUCAGGCUCGAAUAGCUCAUAGGAUUCAAGAACUGGAAAAUCUGCCUGGCUCUUUGCCACCUGAUUUACGAACCAAAGCAACCGUGGAACUGAAAGCACUUCGGUUGCUCAAUUUUCAACGUCAGCUGAGACAGGAGGUGGUGGCCUGCAUGCGCAGGGACACCACCCUGGAGACGGCUCUCAACUCCAAAGCAUACAAACGGAGCAAGCGCCAGACUCUGCGAGAAGCCCGCAUGACUGAGAAGCUGGAGAAGCAGCAGAAGAUCGAGCAAGAGAGGAAGCGCCGACAGAAACACCAGGAAUACCUGAACAGUAUUUUGCAACAUGCAAAAGAUUUUAAGGAAUACCAUCGAUCUGUGGCUGGGAAGAUCCAGAAGCUUUCCAAAGCAGUGGCAACUUGGCAUGCCAACACUGAAAGGGAGCAGAAGAAGGAGACAGAGCGGAUCGAAAAGGAGAGAAUGCGGAGACUGAUGGCUGAAGAUGAAGAGGGCUAUAGGAAACUGAUUGAUCAAAAGAAAGACCGGCGCUUAGCUUACCUUUUGCAGCAGACAGAUGAAUAUGUGGCCAAUCUGACCAACCUGGUUUGGGAGCAUAAACAAGCACAAGCUGCCAAAGAGAAGAAGAAGAGGAGGAGGAAGAAGAAGAAGGCUGAAGAGAAUGCAGAGGGUGGGGAGUCUGCCCUGGGACCAGAUGGAGAGCCAAUAGAUGAGAGCAGUCAGAUGAGUGACCUGCCUGUCAAAGUGACUCACACAGAAACUGGCAAAGUCCUCUUUGGACCAGAAGCACCCAAAGCAAGUCAGCUGGACGCCUGGUUGGAAAUGAAUCCUGGUUAUGAAGUUGCCCCUAGAUCUGACAGUGAAGAGAGUGAUUCUGACUAUGAGGAGGAGGAUGAAGAAGAAGAGUCUAGUAGGCAGGAAACCGAAGAGAAAAUCCUUCUGGAUCCAAACAGUGAAGAAGUUUCCGAGAAAGAUGCGAAGCAGAUCAUUGAGACUGCGAAGCAAGAUGUGGAUGAUGAAUACAGCAUGCAGUACAGUGCCAGGGGGUCCCAGUCCUACUACACUGUGGCUCAUGCCAUCUCGGAACGGGUGGAGAAGCAGUCUGCCCUCCUCAUCAAUGGGACCCUGAAGCAUUACCAGCUCCAGGGCCUGGAAUGGAUGGUUUCCCUGUAUAAUAACAAUUUGAACGGAAUCUUAGCUGAUGAAAUGGGCCUAGGCAAGACCAUACAGACCAUUGCACUCAUCACUUAUCUGAUGGAGCACAAAAGACUCAAUGGCCCCUAUCUCAUCAUUGUUCCCCUUUCGACUCUUUCUAACUGGACAUACGAAUUUGACAAAUGGGCUCCUUCUGUGGUGAAAAUUUCUUACAAGGGUACCCCUGCCAUGCGCCGCUCCCUUGUCCCCCAGCUACGGAGUGGCAAAUUCAAUGUCCUUUUGACUACUUACGAGUACAUUAUAAAAGACAAGCACAUUCUUGCAAAGAUUCGGUGGAAAUACAUGAUAGUGGACGAAGGCCACAGAAUGAAGAAUCACCACUGCAAGCUGACUCAGGUCCUGAACACUCACUACGUGGCCCCCAGGAGAAUCCUCUUGACUGGGACCCCACUGCAGAAUAAGCUUCCUGAACUCUGGGCCCUCCUGAACUUCCUCCUCCCCACAAUUUUCAAGAGCUGCAGCACAUUCGAACAGUGGUUUAAUGCUCCAUUUGCCAUGACUGGUGAAAGGGUGGAUUUAAAUGAAGAAGAAACUAUAUUGAUCAUCAGGCGUCUACAUAAGGUGUUGAGACCAUUUUUAUUGAGGAGACUGAAGAAAGAAGUUGAAUCUCAGCUUCCAGAAAAAGUUGAAUAUGUGAUCAAGUGUGACAUGUCAGCUCUGCAGAAGAUUCUGUAUCGCCACAUGCAAGCGAAGGGGAUCCUCCUCACAGAUGGUUCUGAGAAAGAUAAGAAGGGGAAAGGAGGUGCAAAGACACUUAUGAACACUAUCAUGCAGUUGAGAAAAAUCUGCAAUCACCCAUAUAUGUUUCAGCACAUUGAGGAAUCCUUUGCUGAACACCUGGGCUAUUCAAAUGGGGUCAUCAAUGGGGCUGAACUGUAUCGGGCCUCAGGAAAGUUUGAGCUACUUGAUCGUAUUCUGCCCAAAUUGAGAGCGACUAAUCACCGCGUGCUGCUUUUCUGCCAGAUGACGUCCCUCAUGACCAUCAUGGAGGAUUACUUUGCUUUUCGGAACUUCCUUUACCUGCGUCUUGAUGGCACCACCAAGUCUGAAGAUCGUGCUGCUUUGCUGAAGAAAUUCAAUGAACCUGGGUCCCAGUAUUUCAUUUUCUUGCUGAGCACACGCGCUGGAGGCCUGGGCUUAAAUCUUCAGGCAGCUGAUACGGUGGUCAUCUUUGACAGCGACUGGAAUCCUCAUCAGGAUCUGCAAGCUCAAGACCGAGCUCACCGCAUUGGUCAACAAAAUGAGGUCCGAGUGCUGAGACUUUGUACGGUGAACAGUGUGGAGGAGAAGAUUCUUGCAGCUGCAAAAUACAAACUGAAUGUGGAUCAGAAAGUUAUCCAGGCGGGCAUGUUUGAUCAAAAGUCUUCGAGCCACGAGCGGAGGGCGUUCCUGCAGGCCAUAUUGGAGCAUGAAGAAGAAAAUGAGGAAGAAGAUGAAGUACCGGACGAUGAGACUCUGAACCAAAUGAUUGCUCGGCGAGAAGAAGAAUUUGACCUUUUUAUGCGUAUGGACAUGGACCGGCGGAGGGAAGAUGCCCGGAAUCCAAAACGCAAGCCUCGAUUAAUGGAGGAAGACGAGCUGCCCUCCUGGAUUAUUAAGGAUGAUGCCGAAGUAGAAAGGCUGACCUGUGAAGAAGAGGAGGAGAAAAUAUUUGGUCGGGGGUCUCGCCAGCGUCGUGACGUGGACUACAGCGAUGCCCUCACAGAGAAGCAGUGGCUCAGGGCCAUCGAAGACGGAAAUUUGGAAGAAAUGGAAGAGGAAGUGCGGCUUAAGAAGAGAAAAAGACGAAGAAACGUGGAAAAAGAUCCGGCAAAGGAAGAUGUAGAAAAGGCUAAGAAGAGAAGAGGCCGCCCUCCAGCUGAGAAACUCUCCCCAAACCCCCCCAAACUGACAAAGCAGAUGAAUGCCAUCAUUGAUACUGUGAUAAACUACAAAGACAGAAACAGAAUGCAGUUUCCCUGGGACUGUUGAACAAGUCUUUAGUUAUACUGUAGGUAAAGGAUAUUUAAUUUUUUUGGCGUACAGGUAUUAAGUAUUUUUCCCUUCCCUUUUUCCUGGUUUUAUUUACUCAUUUGUGUAUUUACUUUUUUUCUUAAGUUCCUGGGACUCUUUCUGUUAGUGCCCACGUUCAGGUACUUUAGACUAUGUACUAAAUUCCCUACCACUGAAUGUUUCAUGUAUAUUUCAUAUUAGUGAUCCUCUAGAAAAAGCACUGACUCUAUUUAUAUUUUUUAUUUCUCUUACCAAACUUGGUUCUCAAGUAGGAGGCACUCGAAUUAGGAGGGCCUUAAUUAGAUACAGUGUCAUAUUUUUGGUUCAUUUUAGAAAAUGCUACUGGGAAAUGUACAUCUCGCUGUUGAGAUUUUUGUGCCAUUAAAGUUAGUUACUAAUAUAGUAACUCAACGUAUCUGGAAAAGAAAUAACCACCUGCAUUAACCCCCCCCACCACCUCCGUCCUAUGUCAGGGCCCCGACGGUGGGUAGAUUAGCAGUAUAUUAAAUAAGAAUUGCCAUCUAUAUUUAACAGAUACAUAAGAAGUAAUUAGCUCUCAUGAGGCAGUUGUUCAAAAGUUCUUGCAUGAUUCUGGGACAGAUGUGUCUUGAUUUUUUUAUAAAGACCUAAGAUAAUUCAGUUGUCUAUUUAUUGCUUUGUAUUCAGUGUUGGGUCUCAUUUAAAAAAGAAGGGUGCUUUUUAAAAAUGUGACCCUGAAGAACCAGUGAUUUUGUGUGAUUCAUAAAUGAGCUGCUACCGGAGGUGGUGCUCGUCUGCUGCUACUGGUUCUCAUCAUUUAAUUUCCCCAAAUAGAAAACUUUAUAUCCAGUAGUACUGGAAGGCUUUGUUUUGACUUGUUUUAGCAUGCUUUGUUUUCUGCUUUGUUAGAAGGCUUUACAGAAUCAUAUUCCCAGUUCAUCUAAUAUUUAACCUGUGACUGUUUCUUUGAAAAGGGAUUCAUCCCAAAUUGCAUUCGCGCCAUUUAAAAUUACCCCUGGGGUGAGAUAUAGAAUAAGAUGGUACAGAGUAGGGCUGGGGUUGUGGCUCAGAGGUAGAGCACUUGCCUAGCACAUGCGAGGUACUGAGUUUGAUCCUUAGCACCACUUAAAAAAAUAAAGUUAAAAAAAAAUAAAAAGAUGGUGCAGAGUAGGGUCUAGGGGAACUAUUUCAAACCCAGAGGUGUGACCUAUUCCUAGUUAGCUAAAGGUGAAAGAGAGACCUAAAGGCAUUCUUAAAGUUGGAAAGGACUUUGGCUCUGCUUGGUCCGAUCUCUGUGUCCCUCUGCACCCUCUGACAGUCAGGAACUCCAGCCUUCCCUUGGACACUCACUGUUGUAGGAGGCAGUUCAUGACACUGAAGGACAGCUCUGAACCCAGUAGUUAUUUCCUACAUUAAAAUAGAUCAGCCCUCUGACUUCUUAACUGUUUGUUCUACUUGUGCCUUCAGAGAGUGAAUUCAGUCUCAUCCAAGAAAUGUCGUUUAAAAUAUUUAUAAGUGGGCAUCUCAAGCGCAGGACCUUUUUCAGAUUGAAACACCUCCCUUUGCUCUCUGAGUGUGACUUUAGUCCUACUAGUCCACCUCCACAGGCACAUUCUUCUUUUCUUAGUGUCCCAUUUGAAACAUGGCACCCAGAACUCCAAAGGUACUUUGGCAGCUGGGGGUGAUUACCUUGCUUAUUCAGGACACCAAAAUUCGGUUAACAGGACGCAGGAGUGUUUUAAUUUUUUCCAGCAGCCUUGAUGGUAGAGUUAAUUUACGUUUAACACAUGACUUGGUGAAAAUCCCACUCCCCCACCAAACACACGUGCAGGUCUUUUCUCAAACAAAAGAUGCCAAGGUUAGCCUUGAACUGAGCGUUACGUUUUUUGACCUACUUAUUUUAUACUUAUCCAUGUGUUGUUCCUCCUUAUUGCUUUUGGUCUCAUUGUUCUUGCCUAUUGAUGUAACUCUAAAUUUAUAUUCCAUUUUUUGAGAAAAAUUAUGUAUUUUUGCUUUUCUCAAUUUUUGUCAUCUAAAGAUUUAAUAUAAAUUAUUGUUGAGGUAUUCUAAAGGUCAGAGGACAGGGCUCUAUGACAUGCCCCUGAAAAUCACAGCAGGCUGACAUGAAUAUACAUAUCAGUAAUCCUGCAAUUUGAUGAACCAUCAGUCAACUCAUAAGGUCAUGCCUCCUUAUCACCUACAUUUAUAUAACUUUUCUCAAGGUUAUCAGGAAAGGCUAAAGCCAAGAUACAACAUGUUUGUAGCCUCUCCAAUCGAUCUAUCAACCCAGAAACCCUGCGGAAAAAGUGAAAUGAGGUUAGCCUGCCCUGGCUUUUUCUUAGAGACCUCCUACGGGUACCUAAUGAUGUUAUUUAUCUUUUCUAAAUAGCCCCAUGGUAUCUGAAUAAUUUCUUCUAAGUUUUUACCAAGGGUCAACAUCAAGUAUAACAGUCUCAGGUUUUCUUUCUCAUUUUGAAAUUGGGACAUUUUCUUAUCUCCAGUCUUCUGAUUCCAUUUCCAUUCUCUGUGAUUUCCUACACAUUAUUAGCAGAAGCAAUCUACACACUCUUUCAGGAUGUAAUUAGUUUGCAACUGGACACUUGAACUCAUUUGAAGCGCCUUGAUAUGCUCUUUUUAUCAACCCUCCUAUCAGGAGCUUUGUUCUGCAUUUAUUAAGCCUUGCUUUUCCAAUGCAAGCUUUGUUCUCAUUACUGAAGAAUCUGGAAGCAGAGUCUGAGUAGAGUGUCCUCACCUCCCCACUCUCCCAAUUAUAUGAAGAUGAGUUAUUUGCAGGUGUAUUCUUCUUGGCACAGAGUGUGGAUGUCAGGUCCAACUUUUUUUUUGGAGGGGUGAGGGUAGCAGAAAUUGAACUCGGGGACACUAGACCACCAAGCUAUAUCCCUAGCCCUGUUUGCAUUUUAUUUAGAGACAGGGUCUCACUGAGUUGCUUAGCACCUGGCUUUUGUUGAGGCUGGCUUUGAACUCAUGAUUCUCCUGUCUCAGCCUCCUCAGCUGCUGGGAUUACAGGUGUGUGCCACCAUGCCCAGCUCAGGUCCAGCUUUGAAGAGGGAUGCAGUGAUCACUGCUGGCACAAAGUGGGGCCACAGGGAUGGCAGCCACGCAGUUCCUGCCUCCCUCUCACUCUUCAGACUCUACUCUUUCCCAGGCUGGGCCUGUGUUCCUCCUGCCUCUGAUUGUAAUAAGGCUGAUGGUAUCUCUAGGAAUCAUAGUAGGCCUCAGCUUGUUCUGAAUUUAGCUCUCCUUUCAUUGGGGGGAAAUCAUUCAUUCAUCCUGGAAAUGUUUCCCACAUUGUUAUUUCCAGCCUGUAUUGCUGAACCCAGCCACAAAGCCAGCACUCCAGGCAUGUGCCCCUGCAAGUUCGCCACACAGUGGAGGGCAACGCUCUUGUUCUGAUAUCCUGGAAUGGGCCUGGGGAAUUCAAGGAAGGCAAGGUCAUGUGAGCCCCAUUAUAUGAGGAUACAAUGGCCAUAUGUGGAAUUUAUGGUCAUUUGGGGGAAGGGGGAAUAUUAGCCCAUUAUAAUGACCUUCUUCUGAGAAAAUAAAGGCAACAAUUUCAUUCCAUUCUAGUACCUUUUAUUUUUAGGAUUUGGUGUUCUAUACAUCUAAUUGUACUAAUAGUACUUGUUUAACUCCUGUACAUACUGGAUAAUAACUUGAAUUAUUUCCCUUAUUGUAAGAGUAAGUUACUAUUUUUGAAGGCCCACUUAUAAUCAACCCAUUCUCCAGAAGGGCUAGACUCUGAUUAAAACAAAAUGUUAACUUGCUCCAAGGUUUUCUGUCCAAAGUAUCCCACUAGAAGUGCAUUUAGGUCUCUCCUGGGUUGAAGACUUUCUCACAUUGAUUAUUAUCAUAAGGCUUCAAUCCAAUGAACUGUUCAUACCAGUGUUCACUCUCUUUCUGAAAACAGUACCACACACGUGAGAACCAAAUCUGUCAUUACUUAGCAUUCUUUGUUGUUUUUGUUUGGCUUAGAAAGAAAAAAUGAAGUACAAUCAGAUUUCUGACUUUAUGUGUACUGUUUACCAGAAUGAUUUGAAAUUAUUCUGUUAGAAUUCCCUUUGUUCAGAACCUGGUGUCCCCAUUGAGUUGUAAUCUCAGACCCAGAUCAUAGAAUCAGGCCUGUCUGUCUCUGGAUUGAAUAUAAGCAUAUUCUGUAAAAUUCGUGGCAGAGUGUUAGUCGUUCCCAGGUUUGUCUUCCUUCACUAUUACAUUUUCUAGAUGACAUGGUCUGGUUCAGCUUCCAGAUCCUUUGGCCAAUACCAUCAUAAGCCUGAGGUCCCAAAUGUGAAACCAGAAGUUUUCCCAGUUCUGGGCCUUAUUUCUGACAUACACAGACACAAGUCUCUUGGACAUACUCAGAACCCUCUCCAAGGAGCUCCUUCCUCUGCCUCCUCUCAGGCCAUCUUCAUUAGGCUCUUUCACCCUUGGCUGGGCCCGGGACAGCUGCUGUCUGUCUGUGUGUCCUGCCUACAGUUCGUUCCUCAUCCUGCCUUCUUUCUGAAGCACAUGAUCUGAUCAUGUCAUCUCCUCUUACUUAAGAACUUUCAGCUGUGUGUGGUGCCUGUAAUCCCAGUUGCUUGGGAAGUUGAGGCAGGAAGAUCACAAAUUUGAGGCCAGCCUGAGCAAGCUAGCAAGCCCCUGUUUCAAAAUAAGGAAUAAAAAGGACAGGAAAAAUAGCCCAGUGGUGGAACACCCCUGGGUUCAGUCCCCUGGGUUCAAUCCCUAGUACCAUACACACACAAAAAAAAAUAACAAUUAGAAUUUUUAAUAGCUUCCCCUAGUAUAGGAAAAACAUUUUCACCUUCUGAACCUAACCUUGCCAGCUUUGUUUUUCCAGCGUGUUCCUGGUCUUCUGUGUGCCUUCAACAUUCCAAUUAAUUCUGUAUAUUUGGAAUACAGCAUGCACUUUCACACCUCCGCUCCACAGUUCUUGCUGGUCCCUCUCUGAAUGCCUUGGUCUCAAAGGCAGAGUGAGGCAGCAGCUCUGUGGAGGGCGGGCGUAGGCCAUGUCUGCCACAGGGUGCCGUCUUUGCCUAGAGUAAGAUCUAGAUGGGACAGAGGGUUUUUCUAGGAUGUGUCCAACCUGACAGCUGCUCUCUGCCACCCCACAAAGGAACACUCACAUCACAGUGUCAAAAAUCCUCAUCUGAAGAGGCCUGUAGAAGGACGAAGCCCUCAGGUGGCAGCUUAUUUUCAUUUCCAGUUGAAGAUCACUCAUUCAGUGAUCCCUUCAAAAAGAACAGAGUUCUAGGAAGCAGAGCUGCCUGCAUAGUUGGUGUUCGGAGGCUGAAAUUGGCUGAUGCUUGGAACACCCUCUAUAUGCUGGCUGCUGUACCAAAGCCGCUUUAUCCUACUUAAUGUCACCAGCCACUCUCUGAGGUAAGUAUCAUCCCCAUCAUAAAAAUGAGGUGCCAGAUGCAGAUGGGCUGACAUCACCUUUGCAGGAUCUCACAGACCUCUAGCAAGUGGUCACCAGUCCUCCAUUGUUUCUCGAACCAUGGAUGGGAUAUGUGUGGAGGGAAAUGGGGCUAAGGGAACAGGACAAAGUGGGAAAAGUCCAGAGAGGUUAGGAAAUACAUUUCCCCUCAGUUUUGGAGAAUUUUGUAUUUCUUCAGAUGGCGGUUUCAAACAUCACCCUGUGUGAUCUUCCCAACCAAACAGGUAGAUGAGGAGACAGGCUUGGAAAGGGAAAUGAGUUCUCCAGGCGGCCCAGCCUGGGAGGAAGGAGCCAGGUGGGGAGGAGGAUCCAGGUCUUCUGACUCUAGUGUUCUUUCUACUCU